AUGAAGUUAUUAAGGUUUCACUUGAGAUACCAUCCUCCAGGGAUCACCCUGGAAUAUCUGCAGAAGGGCAUGGUAAAAAGUAAGGAAAUCGAUUUACUGGAUUUAAACGCCAAUACAAACACCAAAGAGUUGGCGUUCCUCCUGUACCAGAAAGAGCCGCUGAUCACCGAGGAGGUGCGCGACCAGUUGGAGCAAUGCCUGGAGGUGUUGAAGAAGAGGACGGAGCAUGAAGGUCCUACAGGAAAGAGGUUCUACAUCUACAAGACGUUGAUGACCCAUGUACUGCCACUGACGAAUGUUGCUUUUGAUAAAACUGGGAACAGUUGUCUCUCCGGGAGUUACGACCGCACUUGUAAGGUGUGGGAUGUGGAGAGUGGCAAGGACCUGCAGACCCUGACAGGACACCAGAAUGUCGUCUACACCGUCGGUUUCAACUUCCCAGCAUGUAAUCGCGUACUCACUGGUUCUUUCGACAAAUCGGCUCGUAUCUGGGACCCGGAGACUGCCGAAUGCCUGGCGACUCUAUGGGGUCACCGCGGCGAGGUGGUGGCCUGCCAGUUCAGCGCCAAGGGAGAUCUGGCUGCCACCGGGUCUAUGGACCACACUGCCAAACUGUUUGAUGUCCACACAGGAGCUGAAAUCCACACAUACAACGGCCACACUGCCGAGGUGAUCGCUCUACAGUUCGAUCCCAACGAGGGACAACGGCUGAUCACAGGCUCCUUCGACGGCACCAUAUCCAUAUGGGACACCAGGGUCGAUGAGCGAGUGUCAGUGCUCCGCGGGCAUGACGGUGAGAUAUCCAACGUGCAGUUCAACUGGGACAGUUCCCUGGUAGGCUCCUCCUCGCUGGAUGGCAGUGCCAAGCUGUGGGACGCAAGGCAGAGCUCCUGCCUGGCCACCGUGUCUGGACAUACUGAUGAGGUGCUGGACAUAUGUUUCGAUUGGGCUGGUCAGCGCAUGGCCACAGCCUCCAGUGACUGCUCCGCCAGGGUCUAUGAUGUCAAGUCGGACUUCAAGGAGCUCGCCGUCAUGAAGGGACACCGCGGCGAAGUGUCCAAGGUUUGCUUUAGUCCGGCGGGUGGUUGUCUUCUGACGGCAUCAGCAGACAGAAGCUCGCGGUUAUGGAACACUACCACUGGGAACUGCAUUCAGGUCCUGGCAGGUCACCAGGGUGAGAUCUUCUCAUGUGCGUUCUCCUACGAGGGUGAUGCAAUCAUAACUGCCUCCAAGGAUAACACCUGCAGAAUAUGGAGAUGA